AUGUUCCAAAAUCGUUCCCAUAGAUUAACAAAGUAUGUUCACGUUCAAGAUAAAUUAGGUCCAAACCAAACAGCCAAGCAAGCUAUUUGCAAAGCUUGCGAAAGUCGUGAAAACAUUUUUGAAAAAGAAAAAAAUGAAAAACUCGAAUUAUGGCAAUUCUGGGUUAAUGAAGAUCAGAAAAUAAUGAUGUAUGAAGAUGCCGACAAAAAUAUGGCAUGUAAUACUGUUAGGGCAUUGCGACAAGCAAGAGUACGAAAUGAUAUGGCCAUGUCUGUUGUUUCAUCAAAUUUCAGAGCUUCAAGUGCCUCAAAUGCUUCAGGAUUUAUAUUUGCUGACAGUACACAAAUAUCAGAAACUUCUUCAAGCUUGUCACAUGUUAGUGAACAAUAUGAAUUUAAUCAUCUUCUCUUGCACUUGAUAAUUCAAAAUGGACUUGCAUUUCGAUUUACUGAGUGUAAUACACUUCGUAAAUUAGUUGAUUUUUUUAACCCGACUGUUAAAAUUCUAUGUCGUAAUACAUUAAGCACUAAAAUUCUUAUUGAGUAUGCAGAUAAACUUGAACAAAAAAAGGUUUUUGCUCUUUUAAAGUCACAAGAACCUGUUACAAUAAUGUUCAAUGGUUGGAAGAAUGAGUGUUGCCAAGAAAUUUUAGGUGCUUUUAUUCUUUCUGCAAUGAAUCAACUAUAUAUAUGGGGUGCCGAGGAUAUUAGCAAUUGUAGUCAAAAGACUCCUGAUGUGCUGGACAUGAUUAAUAACUUCUUUGAGCAUGCUAGUAAUCAAAAUUUAAAUGUAGUGGCAAUGGUUACAGAUAGCGCAUCAGCAUAUGCCUCUGCACGCUAUGUAUAG